AGUUUAAGCCAAACUUCUGCUGUUUCAUACAAGUCUCAUAUGCACGGGACACAAAACGCCACAAAACGUAUCACCGAGUCUCCUUUUCUCUUUUCGCUUUCUCACUCGCGCUAAGCACCAGCUAACGUGCAUUAGACCCGAAUAUUGACUGACAUAUCAUCAUCCUUCGCGCAGCUUUGUUCGACCGCUAUCAUAUCUGUUGUCUCCUUCUACCUUUUGAGUUAUCUCAUAUGCUGUCUGCGUCAGUAACGACCACUCCUCGGCCACGACCGCCAGGUCGGGCGCGGAGAAUUUCUACCCACGUCAAAUCUUCCCCGCCUCCUCCGUACGCUGCCUCAUCACUGCUUGAUGAUCCACUGGAUAACUCUUCGGAUCUGAAACGAGAGUCCUUCAACGACGCAUCUGCAAUCGUCGCGUGGAACGACAUCCCUAACCAUCUUCAAGUUUGGAAUGGGAGGUCCCGCGAGGAGCUUUCUGAGCUACUCCUGAAAGCUGAUGAGCUCAUUAAAGAUCGAGAAAAUGAACUCAGUGUCACCACGGCCGCUUGUAAAUCAUUGUACGAAAAUAAUUUAGAGCUACAAAACAAGCACAAGGCACUUCUCGCCCGCUUGCCCACUUCUUCAGCGUCUGUCUCUCCAUCCGGCUCCUCGGCAUCCUCUCCAGCUACUCCCGGAACACCUCUUCCGCACUCUCCCCAUUAUUAUACCAAUAUCUCUUCCUCCCACUCGAGCACCAGCGCAUCUCGCUCCCGCCGGUCGCAGAGACGUGUCUCUGUCUCCCCUGCAGACCUUGCGCUACUUUCCGAUCAGAACGCUGAGCUCCUUUCCAAGCUAGAAAAGCUCGAAUUUGAUUCUGCUCAGACUGAUCAAGCGGGACGGCGAAAAUUGCGCGGUUUGGAAAAAGAGAUCCAAGGGCUGCGAGAGGAGCUCGAUAAAACUCGUGCCAGGAGCGACGAGCUCGAGAAAAAGGCAAAACUUGUUAGUCUCAGCCUCGAGUCUGAGGAAGCGUCAAAGAGGCGACAUGAGAGAGAGGAGCGAGUCCGUGCCAUACGGGGUAGGAGUGAUAGCGAUACAAGUGGCGGAGAAGUACGGGACUUUGCGCCAGGAGGGGCUCUUGCAUCUCAAGGGAUCUCAAAAAGAUCUACUGGGCUAAGCAGGUCAGAGAAACGCAAGUUUCCAUCGCAGUGCCUACGCCGGCAUGCUUCUGAAGCCGUCUUUCGUUCGGCCCCUACGGAUCGCAAGCUUUCUGAGCGAUCAAGAAAGAUGUCUUUAUACGACGGUUUCUCUCGAUCAUUCCCCCAGUUCCAGUUUCCUCUUCCUCCUCAGACGCCAGUCCCGGCAACGCCCGAAUAUGCACUCGUGUUCCAGCUCCUUCAAAAGAUCCGCGAGCUUGAGCAAAUUAAUUCACAAAUAACGUUGCAGCAAGCGAAAACGACGGCAUCGCUGCAGUCUGUUCAAAGAGAUGCUGCGAGCAUCCAGCUCCUCUAUGAGAGCCUUAGCGAUGUUGAUGCCAUUACCUGGCUGGCUGAGGAUGAUAACAUCGAAAAUCCCGGUGUCCAUGAGGAAAAUGAACAUAUCGAGGAAGACGAAACGAUUCGUUUUGCCAGUCUUCGCCAGUCUAUGCUCGCGGAUGCCUCGGUUGAUUUUGAUAGCGGCAUCGAACCAGACAGACAGAGUAGUAUGCGGCACGCAAUACUUCCAGAACUCUUCCCUCAACCUGCACAUCAUCGUGCACGUCGAUCUGUUGUUGGAUUAUUUGAUCCUCCGAUUGCAUCUGAUGUCAGUAAUCCACCGUCUGUACAAUCGCUGAUUAUUCCCGGUCUACCAGCCGUUCCUUUUGUCCCUCAGCCCAGCACGGAAUCUGCGACCCCCGAAGAAUUAGACUUGUCAUUACCUCUGGUUGCGGCAUUGCCUACCACAGAAUUCACGGGCCGCCAGACUCUAGACAAUGAGUUGGGGCUUGCAUGGGACAACUGUCAUGGGAAUGACCACUUCCGCACACCGAGUUUAAUCGAUCUUACAUCGCUUUCUCCUUCUUUAUCCGCUGAUAACGCCGCCGGCGUUCCGGAUUCCGGCACUCCUUCCACAAAAGACAUGCUGUCCUUUUCCCCGUCUUCUAGUUAUAUCUCAGCUCCUUCCGCAUCUUCCACCUCGUUUGCGGAACAAGUUAGCUUGCAAGCAGGCACAUGGCAAGGUGUUCAUGAUUCUGAACCUGUGACGUAUAGUCCCCCCAACGCGCACGUGGAUGCACUUGCCGACAAGAAGCGUCGCAAGUCGCACACCAUUCGCAUGCGCACAAAUCACUGGACUGAAGGUCGUUUCGAAGCGACACUUCUUUCUGCCCCGCGGAGGGAGAGCUCUGUUGAUCUUGCCCGUCCUUCCACUCCAGUUCCUCAAAGACUCGUAAACGAGUUUGUGGAUAGCAUAAGCCGCCAUCGGACUUACACCCUUUCCCGCGGUCUCACAGACGAUGAAUCGAGGACAACAUCUUCAUCGUCAGUCUCCCCUCGCCAGGGAAAGAAGCCUCAGCAGCGACGGUUCGUGUCGUUCGUCUUGGAGCUGUGGUUGUGGCUUCAGUUUGCUAUCGUCGUGGUCGUCUUUCUGUGGGCGAUGGCGAAGCGCGGACCGAAGAGCGUGUUGGAGGAAGCUCAGAGAAGGAAGAUUCAGUGACAUUAUUUUGGACGGACUAUCUGAUGUUGCAUAUUGCACUGUAGGAUUAAUGUUGAAUAUGCUUUUAAUGGUGUAUCAGGUUCUACGCUAGAGCUUUGGUUUGAUGUGCUACCGGAUUCCUCGACGAUGGCACUCGUGCACACGAUAGUUCACGCAACCUAUUUACGCAGAAUGUUCUGACUAGUCUUUGACGACUGGCAUGUUCUC